AUGACAGAAGAGGAACCAACUGAUGAAUCUAGAGAGCUUAUAAAUGUGAAACGUCACUCACAAGGGAUGUUCACCAAUGACUACAGUAAAUACUUGGAAGAAAAAGCUGCACAGGACUUUGUGGAGUGGUUAAAGCACAGCAAAUCUAAGAGGAGUGGAAUGACAGAAGAACUAAGCGAUGAACCCGGAGAGCUGACAAACGUGAAACGUCACUCUCAAGGGAUGUUCACCAAUGACUAUAGUAAAUACUUGGAGGAAAAACGUGCUAAAGAGUUUGUAGAAUGGUUGAAGAAUGGUGAAUCUAAAAGGAGUGGUACACCAUAGUGAGUCAGUGAAUGAAGAUAUGCCACUGUUCAGGAAAAUAUUUCAUACAACUGGAAAACCUUAAAAAUGUGUGAUUAAUGACAUCCUCAUUCUAUAGCAGUUACUUGUAUACAUUUAAAUGAAUAAACACAAUCAGUAGAUAUUCAGAUUAUGUAAAUUAAUAUAUGAAAUACUCAAAAUCUAUUGUGCUUUUUUGUAUUUCCUUUACAUAAAACAAUCCAACUGAUAAUAAAACAAAUGCUCAGUUAUUAAAAUAUA